UAAGCUAAAUAAUUGGGAUAUUUGUUCAAGGCAUAUGCCUAAUAAGAGAGAGUGGAGAGAGUAGGCUACAUCUAAUCCUCUUAACAGACUCCAGGUAUUAGGUAUUGUGCUGAUCCACGCUGAAGAGCUGUCCUGCGGUGCGUCCUGCUUGACCUGUAGCCGCUUCACAGCAUCCGUGCCUUUCCCUGCAGCCCAGCUGUGAGACAGCAGCGCUCAACUCACCGCGCGAGCCUCGCUUUGCACCGGUCUGUGAGAGUAAACCUGGACGACAGAGAAAUGAGAUGAAACAGUCUGAGAGAGAUAUACCCCUGCAUCUUUUGGGGCGAAAUUCUGGAUGUUCUGGGUAUCAUUGCCCUAAAAAACAACUCAGUGGCCAUUAGGAAACACACUAGAAAAUGUUCCUGACUCGAAGAAAGAGACUUCAGCUCAGCCGGAUUAUAUUUCUUCUGUCUGGGGUUUUCCUUUGUUCUUUAUAUCAACUCACUAUCAGAGCCAGACUUCCAGACCCCUGGCCCGAGCCCCAGAGAGCAGGAGACCUCGAAGAUGGCUCCGGACUUGCUCUGGAUGCAGGACUGUUGGAGAUGCCAGAGGUUGUGACUAAUUUGACCAAUGUUGAGCCAAAGAGCACCGACCACACAGAUGUGGCCCAGCCGUCAGAGACAGCAACAGAUAGACCCAUCCAAACAACGUCUACAACAGAGGAGCCUACAACAACCGCAAACAGGACAAUUGUCCACUGCAUUUAUGUGGAUCCUAACCUUCCAAAACCCACCCCGGUUCCCACUCCAGAAACCGAUACGACCACUCUGGUGCCCAACACUACAGCAUCCAGCCCUGGAGAAGCACCACACAUGAAGGGCGAGUACCCGGUGGACAUCUUCUCCAUUGAGGAUCGACGCAGAGGCUGGGUCUCGCUCCACAUCUUUGGAAUGAUAUACAUGUUUGUUUCUUUGGCCAUUGUCUGCGAUGAGUUUUUCGUCCCUACGUUGGGGGUCAUCACAGACAAACUGGCCAUCUCAGACGAUGUGGCCGGGGCGACCUUUAUGGCCGCUGGAGGCUCUGCUCCCGAACUUUUCACUUCCUUGAUCGGUGUCUUCAUUUCUCAUAGCAACGUGGGCAUUGGAACCAUUGUUGGCUCGGCUGUCUUUAACAUCCUAUUUGUGAUCGGAAUGUGUGCGCUGUUUUCCCGGGAGAUGCUUUACCUCACCUGGUGGCCUCUCUUUCGGGACGUGUCGUUCUACAUCGUCGAUCUCAUCAUGCUCAUCAUCUUCUUCUUGGACAACACCAUUAUGUGGUGGGAGAGUAUGAUGCUGGUGAGCGGUUAUGCUCUCUAUGUUAUUUUCAUGAAGUACAAUGUUCAGAUAGAGCGCGCCUUUAAAUAUCAGCUCAUGAAACACAAGAACAUUGUGAAAGUCAUCGCGGUGGAAGAACCUGAGAAGGACAACGGGACUUCGGCUGAAGAGAACAGGCCGCCUAAACCAGAAGACACGGAUCGACUAAAGCUGAAGCCCACUUUGCAGCGCGGGGGCAGUUCUGCCUCUCUGCACAACAGCACCAUGAGGAACACCAUCUUCCAACUGAUGAUUCACACACUGGAUCCUCUUGGUGAGGAGUCAGUGUUUAAUGGAGAUGCAAAGGCUAGAAGCUCUUUGGGAUGUAAAGUGAAAUUUAAAGACAAGGCUCAGAUUUUGAACGACAUGGCCCGGGGGAAGGUAGAAAACAAAAAGAAGGAAAAAUCUGGUGAAGGUGAAGGUCAAACGGAGCAGCAGCCCAAGGAAGACGCGGCUCCAGGAGCCAAGGAAGAAGACGCCGGUCAAAAGCCUGAGGCACAAAAGGAAGGAGACGCCGCAGCAGAAGGAGGCUCAGAGAAGCCAGGAGGUUCAGAUGAUUCAGAGGAUGAUGAGGAAGAUGACAGUGAUGAAGAGAGCGAUGAAGACAGUGAUGAUGACGAUGAUGAAGAUGAGGAAGAAGGAGAAGAACCUCUGUCCUUAGAGUGGCCAGACACCAGACGCAAACAGGCCACAUAUUUGUUUCUAUUGCCCAUUGUCUUUCCACUGUGGCUGACAGUUCCAGAUGUCAGAAACCCUGCAUCCAAGAAGUUCUUUGUCAUUACCUUCCUUGGCUCAAUAGUAUGGAUUGCUAUAUUUUCCUAUCUCAUGGUGUGGUGGGCACAUCAGGUGGGUGAGACAAUUGGCAUAUCUGAGGAGAUCAUGGGUCUUACCAUUCUGGCUGCAGGAACAUCAAUUCCUGAUCUAAUCACCAGUGUGAUUGUGGCUCGAAAAGGCUUGGGAGACAUGGCUGUCUCCAGCUCUGUAGGCAGCAACAUAUUUGACAUCACCAUGGGACUGCCGGUGCCAUGGCUGAUGUACUCGCUCUACCAUUCCUUUGCCCCAGUGACUGUGAGUAGUAAUGGGCUAUUCUGUGCCAUUGUACUGCUCUUCCUCAUGCUCCUCUUCGUCAUUAUCUCCAUCGCUGCCUGUAAGUGGAGGAUGAAUAAAGUGUUGGGAUUCACCAUGUUCAUCCUGUACUUUGUAUUCCUGGUGCUCAGUGUCAUGCUAGAAGAUCGAAUCAUUGUAUGUCCCGUGUCCAUCUGAGCACACCUGAGGUUUUCAUACACCUUAAUGUUCACUCACGUACAUGAGGAUACAAUCCUGUCAUUUGAAACGUUCUGAACUAUAACCUGGCAUAUAGUAUAUCUCACAUUUAAAGCAUACCUGGACACACUGUGUUGACUUAUUCUGUAUUACGCAAGAUCUUUUGUAAAGGGAUGCAAAAAAAACUAGUAACACUUUUUUUUUUAGCUCAUGUUAAAUUGAAUGCAGUAAUGUCAGAAAAAUCACAGGUCCUGUCCCAAAUGGUCACCAUUUGUGGCGUCCAUACUUUAGUAAUGUAAUGCCAUAUGGAUUUGUGGCUGGUAGACUGCAUGUGGGCCCACCAAUCUGGGCUUUGCAAAAGGGCACAUUAAGGCCACAUACAGAGGCACACUUGAGCACCCUUUUGAACUGUAAAAUGACAAAUAAGACACCCUACUGCCCUGUGGACUUGACAAACACACUAUGAUUAUGAUUGCGUAAUCAAAGGUCACAGAAGUGUUCCAAUCAAGACAAGGCCACAAAGUAGCCAAAAGUUCUCAUAUUCACUUGAUGAUUUGUGAAAAUCAAUGUUUGAAUUCAACCAUUUUUUAUAUUGGGAUUAGCCUACCAAGACAUGCAUGCAAAACAUGCGUUCAGACUGUCAAUUUUUGUGAAUGACAACCGCAUUUCGUUACACGUAUGAGUCUCGAAAUGACCCGUUAAAACUACAACUUGUAGCAUCUCGAAUACUGUCUGUAUGAACAUGCAAUGAGAGACAAGCCCAAAUUAUCUUACCAGUGACCAUAGCGAGAGUGAGCAAAGUAGAAUAUCAAAGAUAAGAUGGUGACGUCCAUAAAACUGAAAAGUCCAAUCAAUUUUGAUACCACAAGAGUCCAAUCGAGCCGCGAGUUAGCCUAUCUGCUAUAGGCUAUCUGUGUGGUCGCGCGCUGAACACAAAACUUGCGGGAGCAGCUCUGACCGGUGGAGCUAGAUCACUGAAUGAUCUAAAACCUGCAAUGACACAUUCACAGCUAAUUUCUCAUCGAAACCACAUACGAAAACCAGCAACACUACUUUUGUGAGCGGUGCUCUCACCCCGUAUGACGAGUUUUUGCGGUUGUUGUGAGUCUUGAGAAUUUGAUGUAAGUUCGUUUAUAGAAUGCGGUUGUCAUGACUCACUCCCGUAAAUAACCGAACCGUGUGUGAACGGAACCGUAUUAAGAUUCUGUGUGAACGUGGCGACAUACACAAUCACUGGUUAGCUAACUUACAUCAGAAAUGUACAAUAAUAAAUGCACAAAAAUAGUAUUAUUACCAUGUCAAGGAAUGUCAGAAGGUGUUGCAUUGAGGCCUGGUGUCACAAACAUGGUUUAGAUUAGGCCUAUAGUUCAAUAAGGAUAUUUAAGUAGCUUUAAACAUGUCUUUGAAAAAAAAAACAUUACUGGUUUGCAUCUUGAGACAGAACAAUGGCACUGACAUAUUUUAAGAUACAUCAGUGCAAGUUGCUUUCAGUCAAAACAGCAACAUGCAUUUUAGUCUGGGACUAGGCUUAAGCCUUAUCUGUGAAACAGGGAGCGAGUUUAUUGACAUAGAACUCAUGUUUAAUGUGAUAUUUUCAUCCUUACAUCUACUAUACAAUAUGUUGUUAAUUUGGAGCGUAUUUACAUUAGUGAAUAAAUACAUAGAUCUUUAUGAAUGACUUGUGGUUAAAGGGAUAGUUCACCCAAAAAUGUAAAUUCUGUCAUUAAUCACUCGUCCUCAUGUCAUUCCAAACCCGCAAUAAUUUAGUUUAUGUUUAGAACACAAUGAAGAUCUUUUUGAUUAAAUAUGAGAGAUUUCUGUCUCUCCAUAGGCAACUACCACUUUUAUGUUUUAAAAAGUUCAUAAAGAGAUUGUAUAAACUAAUACAUAUGUAGGCCUAUCGAGCAGUUUAGUCAAAAUUUUCUGAAGAGACACAGGUUGCUUUAUAUGAUGAACAGAUUUAAUUUAUGCUUUAUUCAUAUAAACAUUGAUCAUCGAACAUGAACAGAAGCUCAACCGAACCUUCAAGUUAAAACGUGCUGUCUAGCGAACAUGCUUGAGCUUCUGCUUACCACAAAGGAUGUGUGAGUUGAGUUGAUGAAUAUUUAUGACUAAAAGCCUAAAUUCAAUCAUAUAAAGCAACCCGUGUCUCUUCAGAAAAUUUGGCAUCAAACCGCUUCAUUCAUAUGGAUUUGUUUUACUAUCUCUUUAAGAAUAUUUGAAGCAUCAAAGUUUCAUUUGCGUAGGAGCGGAGGGACAGAAAGCUCUUAG